GCCAUUUCUUAAUUUGAUCCAAAAAGUCAAGAUGGUUGCUAUUGCUGGAGGUGAAGGCGAUGCCGCGAGCGGUGCCAAGAUCUUCAAGACCAAGUGCGCGCAAUGCCACACCGUCGCCGCGGGUGAAGCCCACAAGCAAGGCCCCAACCUCCACGGUUUGAUCAACCGUCAAUCCGGCCAAGCCGAAAACUACUCGUACUCGGCCGCCAACAAGAACUCGGGUGUCGUGUGGACCGACGAAACCUUGUUCGAAUACUUGCUUGCCCCCAAGAAGUACAUCAAGGGCACCAAGAUGGUGUUCGCCGGCUUGAAGAAGCCCUCUGAGCGACGAGACUUGAUCGCUUACUUGAUUGAAUCCACCAAGUAAGUAAGCUGCCAAGCCGUAUAGAUUAACCUUUUGGGAAAGAAUACGAUUAUAUAUACUCUUCCUCCA